AUGUCUUGUGGUAGUGAUAAGAAGAGUUCAGCUCUAGGUGAUUUUGGGUUUGAUUCUCUCCAAGAGUAUGGAAAGAGCGAUUUCAGGGAAGUUCUUGAACAAAUGUUAUGUAAUAGCUUGCCUCGCACCACUUUCAUAAAUAUGGACUCACUUCGCCAGCAAGACUACGCUCGAUACAAGAAGAUAAAAAACUGGAUCCGCCACCAAAAUGUCACUCUAGUGACAUUGGCAAAUCAGAUUAUCUUAGCGGAGGCUAAAGACUAUAGCAAUUUCGCUUCUCUGCUCGUCACUGACGGUAGCCCUUUAGGUGGUCCUCGUUUGUCCUUUGCUAAUGGAAUUUGGCUUGAUCAAUCUCUGUCUUUUAAACAAGAUUUCAGGUCAAGCGCGGAGAAUGUCUACAAAGCUCAUUGCUCUCAAGUUGAUUUCCAAAACAAGCCGGAUGAGGUGGCUAAUGAACUGAAUAAAUGGGCAGAAAAUGGGACAAAUGGUCCUAUCAAAGAUAUUAUUCCACCUGGUUCCAUUGACAGUUGCACAAGGGUGAUCUUUGCAAAUGCUCUAUAUUUCAAAGGAAUUUGGAACCAUAAGUUUGAUCCAUCAAUGACAAAGGAAUACGACUUUCACCUUUUAGAUGGCAGCACAGUUAAAGCACCCUUCAUGACUAGUUGGUAUAAACUACAAUACGUAAAUGCCGAUGAAGAUUUCAAAGUGUUGCGGCUUCCUUAUGAACAAGGUGAUGAUGAGAAUCGACGCUUCUCCAUGUACUUAUAUCUCCCGAAUGCCAAGGAUGGUCUGCCGGCUUUGAUUGAUCAAAUUAGUUCUCAAGCUGGAUCUUUUGAGCAUCAUUCAGCAUGGAGUAGUGCGGAGUUUGUUGUGAAAUUUCUGGUUCCGAAAUUCAAGAUCAUGUAUGAGCUUGAGAUUUGUGAAACCCUAAAACAUAUGGGUCUGGCUUUGCCUUAUACUAUUGAAGACCUCGCAGCCAUAGUAGACUCCCCUGUUGGUGAUCAUCAUCGUGCUGUUUCCAGAAUUCUCCAGAAAUCUUUCGUCGAAGUGAACGAAAAAGGUACAGAAGGUGCUGUCGCGUCUUGUACUUCACCUUCCUAUUGUACAUCUGAGGAGGAUAUAUCCGUUGUUGUCUUUAAGCAUUUACAUAUAAUUGGAAUGAGUUUAUUUGUUUACUUCAGAUGUGUUUGA